CCUCCUCUUGCUUUUUCUAAAUAAAUAAACAUUUAUGUUAUUAAUCGUCUGUGAAGUAAAUAAAUACUUUAGUUUUUGGUUAUAUUAUUCAUCAUAACGUCUAGUUUUUAACUAUAAGCAAUUGUUUAAGAUGAAAAGAGGCACUGUAAUUCUAGAGCCAUGGUCUACAAAAGAAAAGCUCUGUUUAGCUUCUGCUGUAUUACGGAGUGGAGACCAGAAUUGGAUGUCGGUGAGCAGAGUGUUGCGGGUGUUUGGUGAGCCAGAUCGUCCCUCCGAGUGGUACUCACAGAAGCAGUGUGCGCUCCAGUACGAGGCUCUCCUCAACAAUGUGGGCACGACCAAGCGCAAGAAGAGAAGUGAGAAGGGGGUGGAGACAAUCGACACACCAAGCGAGAGCAUCGUCAGGAAACUUCUACAAGAACGGCAAGAAGAAGUGAACAGACUGAUCGAAGAAGACAGAAAGGCCUAUUUGCGUCUCUUGAAAGAAAUAGAAGACAUUGAAAGUGGAAAAGCUGAUGACAGACUUGAUGAGUUUGAGCUGGAAAUUGAAGAAGAGAAGGAAAAGGAAGCUACAAGAGGAUCAAUCCUACGUCAACAUGAAGAAAGAAGUCGUCUGGAGGGAGGACGAGUUACUCCUUAUUCAGAACCUCAGGAGACUAAAGUAGCGACUUCACCACUACUGACGAGCCUCCUGCAGAGUCCCAGUAGUUAUAGGGGUGGCUCUAUACAACACCUCCUCAACCCUCCUCCCCCGCCUCCGUCAUACUCUACUACAUCAGAUUCACCUACGCUCUCAAGACUUCUGGAGUCCCCAGCGAAACAGAUUGAACCAACAGUGCUCUUCAGCUCACCUGUUAAAAAAGAACCAAUUGAAGAAGAUUCAAACCCUGCAAUGCAGCCUGAACCGGUUUCUACAGUAGAAAUAUCAUCCACUGAGGUAGUGGAGGAAGUGGACAGUAGCAGCAUUAGCCUAGGAGAGAUAAAAGAAGAAAUUCCCGAGGAAAAGGAAGAAAAUAACGUGGAAAUGGAAGAGCCAGAUAUGUCCGGUAUACAUAUGCAAGAGGUGGAAGUAGAGAUGACAACAGAUGGAGACAAACCCUCUGUGGAAGUAGCUAGAACUGAGAAUGAGGAGCAGGACGGACAGGACGGACAGGACGGAGAGCAGGAACAGUCGUCAUUGACCAACUUACAAGACUCUGACACCAUGGAGGAGCAACAGUCCAUCACUGAACUGGACAGUCAGACAGUCAACAUGAUCGUGGCUGGUGGUGGGGUAAUAUCUGUGAGUCAUGACACUUCUGGUGAACACUUAGAAGAGGUUACAUCUUCAGACAUACAAAACAAAGACGAUUCCGAGGCUGCUGAAUCUUUGGACGGAGCCAGUGACAAUGGAGAGAUCAAAGAGACAGAGGCAGAGGUGGACAACUUCAUCAUCGGACCAGAGACUCCCAAGAACAACUAUGUGGUUCAGCUGCUGUAUUCCACUCCUGACAACUCCAUGGAGGAAGAAUCCAAGACGCCAGAAGUGAAGGGAUCGCCAAAAACACCUGGAGGGGCCGUGCUGGAAGUGGGAGGCGAGAUGGUCAGUCUAGGAGGGGCUGUGGUGGUGGAGGAAGAAGUAGACACUACAGUACAUGAGGUGGAGGUUCUAGUGUCUGAUCUAGACAAUACAGUCAGCAGCAGUCACAGGAUGGAGGUGACGGAUGUGAAAGAAUCCACCAUCUCCAGUACCAGCAGCACUCCAGUCUUGGAGGAGUGUAAUGCCAUUUCUACACCUGUCACCAGUAAAUAUGAAAGUGAGGUUGAAGUGAAAACUGAAGAUGAUAAACAUUCAAAAGACAGCCCUUCCACAUCCUACCAAAUGACUGCAAAAAUUAUUGAGUCCAAGCCUGCCUCUCCUUGUGUGGAGGAGGAAGACGCAGGCAAGAGACCCAGCAAGAAGCGUCUCAUCAGCGGCAGUGUGUGUUCUGAUUCUAAACCUAGCAGCCCUGCUCCUCAGUUGCUGGAAGACAGCAAAGAUAACCGCGCUUGGAAGAAGUCCAUCAUGUUGGUAUACAACCGGCUGGCAACUCACAAGUACGCCUCCAUGUUCCUGAAGCCUAUCACCAAUGAACAGGCACCUGCCUACGAUACUGUGGUUCACAGGCCGGUAGACUUGUUCACUAUCAAGAAGAGAAUAGAGGUUGGAGACUUGCGCACUACUGUGGAGUUCCAACGAGACUUGCUGCUGAUGUUCCAAAAUGCCAUCAUGUACAACAACAGCGAGUCCCUCGUGUAUGAGAUGGCCAGCAUCAUGCAGAACGAGUGUUUGCAACACAUUGAGCUGAUGGUGGAAGCAAUGGGCGAAGGAGUUCCGUGGCGCAAGGACCCAGUCAAUGUAGACAAGCUGCACACUCGGGCCCGUAGUGAGGCACCCAAAAGGAAGAGAAACUCUCUUGAAGAUGCAAAAUCUACCUUCACUCCAAAAAGAAGAAGAGACAACUCCACUUAGGUUAGAAAGUCAACAUUUUGUUAAACAUUUUGGCCAUUUACUGCAAGGCCCUUACUUCAUAAGCAUUAUUACUCUCGUUUUGACUUGUAAGUUUCUACGGGAAACAUAAUGUCCAGCUAACCUGGAAAUUGUACUUAAAUUUGGAUGAGCAGGAAAAAUCUGUGAAUUUUGCUCCUAUUUUUUAUGGCAUGAAAAAUGUUAUAUCUUAAAUGAUCGCCAAUAUAAUAUGCCAAUAAUUUUGUCAAGUAAGAAAAUUACGAUUGAGGAUGAUGAUCAUGAGUUCACAACGUUGCUAGGCUUGUGGAAGUCACAACAAUUGUUAGAAACAAUCAUAAACAUGGCAGCGAUCGGUAAAUCUUCAUGGAUGUUGCUAUAAUUAAAGAUGUUGCCUCUAUCACUACAGUUCAAUAAAUCAAUACAGUUAUUGAUAUGACUGCAGAAGACGAUCUUGGACAUUGUCAAGAUGGCUGGAGAUAAUCACUAAUUUUGCUGAGUUAGCAGUAAACUGUCCCAAAUUUUGGAAUAGUUUUGAAAGUCGAUUUUUUUCAGUCCAUAAGUGAUUUAAAAUAAAUUAAAUAAUAGUGAUAAUAGAUGCUUAUAGUAGGCUACCUUAUUUGUAUUUUGUAAACCUGGAUUCAAUAUUUGAAACUCAAAGUUUAGGACAGAUUUUACCAUCACAAAUUUGUCUGUCUUAGCAAAAAACUGAAACACAAAACCUCGAUUGAAUCUCAAUUAUUCGGUUCAUAAGAAUCCGUGAACAAUCGCUAAAUACAACAUGAAACAUGCAUUUUCUUAUUGCCCAUUGCAAAUAAGCUUGUCUUGACUUAUAGGCAGUAACCUUUGAUGUGUGGGCCUUUAAGAUAUAACGCUGUUAUCAUUGGACUUAUAAUUAAACUUAUGUAUGGUUUAUGUUUAUACAUUUUAGCAGAAAUGUAAAGAAUCAACUUAAAAUGCUAUUACAAAGGCUAAACACAACAAAAACCCAAUAGUUGAUAGUGGGGGAUCACUGAUAUCAAUGAAUACAAACCCCUAUAAGAAGCGCAAUGCCUAUGUUGAAAAUUUAGUUGAUGAGACACACUUUCAAGAAAUAUGAAAAUUUAGUCGGGGAAUGUUUUUAUUUUGGAUAGUUCAGCGCAACUAUCACGAGCGCGCUACCAAGUCAGCUGACUGAUGUGAGAGAGAGUGAGACAAAGAAUCAGCUUAGAGAGAGAUAGAGUAGUGCGGCUGCCGAGUCUAACUAUUCUCUAUAAACAUUUCACUUCUUAUAGGGUUUAUGUUCAUUGAUGAUAUGUUGGAAUAUAUAAGGAAUGGCCUAACAAUAACUCUGUGUUCUGUAACAAUCCUUUUAAAAACAUUAUGUUGUAUUAAAAUGAAUUUAACCAAUAUCAUAAACACUAAGUCAAGUUUUUAUCAUUUAAUUUUUUUGGCAGUUAUUAAAAGAGUUAAUUUUUAGGGGAUUGUCCUGUUUAACUUUUGAAAAUGAAACUGUCAUAUUAUCAAGAUUACCAAUAUUUCCAUAAGAAAUAUGUUUUUUAUAUGUUCUCAGGAGGUAGAAAAGAGAUUUUAUGUAUAGUUAUUAUAGUUUUUAAAAUAAGCUAAGCAAUUUUGUACAGUAUUUGUAA